UUGAAUGAUGCCUGCCAAAGUCAAGUCGUGAAGUCUUGGUGGUAGAAGGAGUGGUUAAGCCGUUCUGGCGGGCGAGUCGCUCUAAUUUCAGUCUGUUGCGGUGGCGGUGGUGGUGAUCCGGGUCAAUCUGAAUUCCUUUUCUGGUUCUGCAGACGAAUUCUUGGACCUGAGCCGGCCGUAUAACUAACAUUAUACUCCCACUAAUAAAUAAUAAUCUCUCUGUUGGAGGAGCCGCGAGAGGAGACCAACACCCAAAGAAGAGAUCUCGCUCCAGCUGCUGCUUUUUCCAGACCCUUCUUUCUUCUUCCGCCCGAUCCACUUCUCCUUUUCUUUGCUUCACAAUUCUUCCUCCUCCUUUUCUCGAUUCCUUCCGUUUCUUUCUUUAUAUACUAUAUAAUAUUUACUCAAAAUCUUAUAUUUUUUAUUGUUUUCCCCUCCAUUUUAUCUCCGAUGACCCCGACCAGAAAACAACACAAAAAUUAGGAAGGAGCCAUAAUUUGAUUUCAAAAUUGUUAUACUACUACUACUGCUGCUUCCCGAUUACUUCCAAAUAAAGUAGUCCUAGUAGUAGUAGUCGUCGUCGUAUAAUCAAUAACGAAUAGGGAAAUGGGAAGGAGUAGAUCAUCAUCGUCAUCGUCGGGGACAUCCAACCGCUGGAGAUACUUCAAUCCGGCCUAUUACCUCAAGCGACCUAAGCGAAUGGCUUUGCUGUUUAUGGUUUUUGUCUGCGCCACUUUGGUCGUCUGGGAUCGACAUACUCUUGUCCACGACCACCAGGAAAAGGUCUCCAAGUUGAAUGAAGAAAUUAUUCAUCUGCAAAAUUUGUUGGAAGAAUCAAAGAAUGGUAAUGCUGUUCAAAGUGAAAAGUUCAACUUCGAUCACAAAAGUAGUGGUGCAAGGAGUGGAAAUGAUGCUGCAAAGGACCCUGUGGCUACUCAGCGAAGAGAGAAAGUGAGAGAUGCUAUGAUACACGCGUGGAGUUCUUAUGAAAAAUAUGCAUGGGGCCAUGAUGAACUUCAGCCACAAACCAAGAAUGGGGUUGAUAGCUUUGGUGGCCUUGGAGCAACUUUGAUCGAUUCUCUUGAUACGCUGUAUAUAAUGGGACUGGAUGAACAAUUCCAAAGAGCCAAAGAGUGGGUUGCAAAUUCCUUGGAUUUUAACAAAAACUAUGAUGCAAGUGUGUUUGAAACAACCAUAAGAGUGGUGGGAGGACUUCUCAGUUCAUAUGAUCUGUCUGGGGAUAAGGUUUUCCUUGAAAAGGCUCAGGAUAUUGCGGAUAGGCUCCUGCCUGCAUGGGACACACCUUCUGGCAUUCCUUAUAACGUUAUUAACUUGGCUCACGGGAAUCCGCAUAAUCCUGGAUGGACUGGUGGUGAUAGUAUUUUAGCUGAUUCUGGCACAGAGCAGCUGGAGUUUAUUGCUCUUUCUCAAAGGACUGGAAACCCAAAGUAUCAGCAGAAGGUGGAGAAUGUUAUUUUAGUUCUUAAUAGGACCUUUCCUGCUGAUGGUUUGCUUCCCAUCUAUAUUAAUCCCCAGAGGGGCACAACAUCCUAUUCUACCGUCACUUUUGGGGCUAUGGGGGACAGCUUUUAUGAAUAUUUACUCAAGGUGUGGAUACAAGGAAACAGAACUGCUUCUGUAAAGCAUUACAGAGAAAUGUGGGAGACAUCAAUGAAAGGUCUUUCAAGCUUGGUUAAGAGAACUACCCCUUCGUCCUUUGCAUAUAUCUGUGAGAAGAUGGGAAAUUCUCUAACUGACAAGAUGGAUGAAUUAGCAUGUUUUGCUCCGGGAAUGUUAGCUCUAGGGUCUUCUGGUUAUGCUUCUGAUGAGUCUCAAAAGUUCCUGUCACUGGCUGAAGAGCUUGCUUGGACAUGUUAUAAUUUCUACCAGUUAACACCAACAAAACUGGCUGGAGAGAAUUAUUUUUUCAAUGCAGGACAGGAUAUGAGUGUGGGAACAUCUUGGAACAUAUUGAGGCCUGAGACAGUUGAAUCACUCUUUUACCUGUGGCGUUUAACUGGCAAUAAGACAUAUCAAGAGUGGGGCUGGAACAUAUUUGAAGCAUUUGAGAAGAACUCACGCACAGAGUCAGGAUAUGUUGGAUUAAAGGAUGUGAAUACUGGGGUAAAAGACAACAUGAUGCAGAGCUUCUUUCUGGCAGAGACGCUGAAGUACCUGUAUCUUCUUUUCUCACCUUCAUCAGUAAUAUCACUCGAUGAGUGGGUGUUCAACACCGAAGCACACCCUAUAAAAAUAAAAGCCCGGCAUGACGAAGUUGUGAAGUCGUCUGGUGGAGAUGGACUACAUAAACCUGACAGAAGAUCCCGCGCUAGGAAAGAAGGUCGUUUUGGCGACCACUAAAGUUUUUGAAUGAAGUUUUUAUUAUUCCCGACAUUGAAGUCUAUUCUGGACUUAGACAUGAGCUGCAGAGUAGUCCAUUGGUAUUAGAGAGCUUGAGCAGUAAAGAAGCCGUUUUGGGUUCCGGGUCAAGGAGGACAUUAGAGACAAUAGUUUGGUCGACCAAUUAUUCCAGUUGGUGAGAGCUCACUGUACGUCAUAGGUAUAGAUGCUGGUGCUUCAUUGUUGUUGAUGGGAUGAAUAUGUAACCUAGGAAGAGGAGGAUAGAGUGGUUUUUUGAAUUGUGUCUUCACUUGAAACUUAAAAAAGGAUAGUCGUGGCUCCCCCAGAUGGGGAAGUUUUGGGCUGGGAUUAAAAAGAAAUUGUAAUUUUGCUGGAAUGAAAGGACAUGAUAAAAGACAGGAGAAAUUUAGUUGUAACAGCUCAAAUUUGUGUUUCUGAAAUUAGAUUUCAUAUUUUGUUCUUCA